GCUAUCGCAUUACAAGCGUCACAGCCCAUGUGUAUCUGAACUUAUAAUGAAUUUGAUUCAGGGCAUCCGAGCAAGUUGCGGACAGUCUGGGCCCCAAAAUAUGAGAACGCCUGUAGACUAGCAAAAAACAAUAGCGACAAUGGCUUCUCAGUGCGUCUUCUACCACACCCCAGACACAAAAUAGCGUGCGAUUCAAAGGAUCGAUAAUGCCGUCCUUGCGAGCAUACGACAGUAUUCAAGUUGUCGAAGGCCGGCACGUGCUCACGCGUUUCAUUGGUCGCGCCUUGACCUUCAGUUCACCGUUACUUCAGCACUCAACAACAUCGAAUUGCACAAAUACCAGAAUCAGUCGAACACAGACGCAGAAAGGUCAUCAUAUACGCAUGUUAGCGCUACCAUGUCGCGACCGUCUGCAAGGAAGGCAGCGCCAAAGGGCGAGUACAUCGAGACGGACUCAGGAAACAAAGUCUCUCGGCGCGCGGCCAUAACCGGCACCGCCAACAUCACACUGGGCGGACGCACGGUAAUUAUGGCCGAGGUGCAACUGCGCGGCGACCUGAAGCCCACGCGACCCAUGCCCUCGCAGUCCGGGAAAGAAACAACACCGAUCAGUAUCAACAUCGGGCGAUGCACGGUGAUCUCGACAGGCAGUGUGAUCAAGCCGCCGGCGAGGAUAAGCAGAGGGCAGGUGCACUACUAUCCCAUGAAGAUCGGGGAUAACGUGUUCGUGGGUAGGUGUCUUACUACUCUCCGACGGUGCGCGUCCAGAUCUGAUCAUCUUCAAGGGCCAAACAGCACCAUAUCGGCCAUCUCCAUCUCAUCACAUGUUCACAUUGGCGCAAACGUGACCAUCCAACCCUUCGCCAUUAUCAAAGAGAAUGUCAAGAUCCUGCCACAUACGGUGGUCCCAACGAACAUGGUCAUCGCUUCUGGAUCUGUGGUUGGUGGGCAGCCUGCACGUAUAGUUGGCGAAGUAGGGGAAGGCUGGGGUGUUGGAGGCGGAGGAGCGGGAGGGGGCUUGGGUGUGGGCGGUGGUGGAGAGGAGAAGUGGGUUGAGGGUGGGGAUUUAAGGGAAUUGGUAAGAAGUAUCAAAUGAGACACAAACGGGGAAGGAAUGACUCUAGUGAGAUGCAACGUAUGAUUUGGCCUCGAAAACAUCCUUGAGUGCGUUCACAGAGUAGAAGAACCAUGUUUACACACAGUGAUCCUCACCUGUACUUGAGUGUCAAGCUCGCUUUCC